GAAUAAAUCCCCCCUCCUCCCACCCACUAGGAUGUUUUCAUUUCCAUGAAUGAGCUGCAGAGAUGUUAAAAGGAGGAGGCAGACGAAAAAUGAAAGAUACCUGUAUCCCUACUUUGACGGUAUAACGGCUAAAGUGGACAACAAUUCCACCGGGUGAUGUGCGGUGGCAGUUGGUAGUUGUUCGGCAUCAAGUUCAGAACAAGUUAUUAGACGCAGUUGACCGAUAUUAUCAAGUUGUGAUAUAUUUUUAUGCAAAAGUUGAACGAAAGGAGUUUCGCCGGAUUGUCGUCUCUUUUCCUGUUUAUCGUAUUAAUGAUUGUCUGUUUGUGUUAAAUUUAUUUGUUAUUUUGAGUUGAAUACUCUUAAAAAUUGUGAAAAAUGAAUCCUGAGGGUGGAGUGCCGAACCCAGGAUUCAUUGGAGACGAUGGAUUCAGUAAAGUUGACCUCGGAAAAAUCGACAAUGAUAUUACUCACAAGGAUCUUAAUCCCGCUGUAGAGCUGAACAAACUCCCUCUCUCUAGUCAACCCCCUCAGACACUGCCGGAAGACAAUCGACCAACAUGGGGCAACAGUUGGGAAUUCCUGAUGUCCUGCAUAGCAAUGUCAAUAGGUUUGGGAAACGUUUGGCGAUUUCCCUUCACAGCAUACGAGAAUGGUGGAGGUGCCUUCCUGAUUCCCUACAUAAUAGUGUUGUUCCUCGUGGGAAAGCCCUUCUACUAUCUAGAGAUGAUACUCGGACAGUUUACGAGCAGAUCAUCCGUGAAGAUGUGGUCUGCAGUACCGGCAUUCAGAGGAGUCGGUUGGGCCCAGAUGUUCUCCAUGGUAUCAGUGGGCACUUACUAUUGCUCCUUGAUGUCCAUAACUCUUCUGUAUUUAUUGGGUAGCUUCAGCGCAGAAUUACCCUGGGCCACAUGUCGUCCUGAGUGGGGAAACAACUGCGUCCAUUCGGGGAAAUCCAAUGUCACUCGCCAUUCUUCAAUUGAUGCUGGAGUGAUGAAAAGUUCUGCCGAACUUUAUUUUUCAAAAGCAGUGCUAAAAGAAAAAGCCAAUAUUGAUGAUGGAAUUGGUCUGCCAGACUGGAAAUUGACAGUAUGCCUCUUGGCAGCCUGGGCCUGCAUAUUCGGCGUCCUGGCCAAGGGCGUUAAGAGUUCGGGGAAAGCAGCCUACUUCCUCGCAAUCUUCCCAUACAUUAUCAUGAUAGCUCUUCUGAUUAGAGCUGUAACUCUGGAAGGUGCAAUCAACGGUAUCAUCUUUUUCAUAAAACCUAAUUGGGAUAAACUGUUCGAUCCCAAUGUAUGGUACGCCGCUGUUACUCAGUGUUUUUUCUCACUGUCCGUGUGCUUCGGAGGAGUUGUUAUGUACUCCUCUUAUAAUGAUUUCCGUCAUAAUAUUUACAGAGAUGUUAUAGUUGUCACCACAUUGGACACGUUCACGAGCCUCAUGGCAGGCUUCACAAUAUUCGGAAUCUUGGGUAAUUUGGCUCAUGAGCUUGGAACCGAUGAUGUCAGUAAUGUUGUGAAAGGUGGAACAGGUUUAGCCUUUGUAUCUUAUCCAGAUGCUAUUGCUAAAUUCAACAUACUCCCUCAGGUCUUCUCAUUUCUCUUUUUCCUGAUGCUAUUUGUUCUGGGGAUCGGCAGUGCCAUUGCCCUCACUGGAGGAAUCAUCAGUAUCAUCUGUGAUCAGUUUCCUGGAGUCAAGUAUUGGUAUGUUGUCCUUGGCACUUGUAUUUUUGGAUUCUGCGUAGGAACUCUGUACUGCACCCCGGGAGGUCAGUUCAUCCUCAAUCUCGUGGAUUACUAUGCCGCAUCGUUUAUCGUCUUCUGCCUUGCGACAUUGGAAAUUACCGGAGUUUUCUGGAUUUAUGGCCUUGAAAAUUUCCUCAGCGACACUGAAUUCAUGUUAAACAAACGGCCCGGGGUCUAUUGGAGAUUCUGCUGGGGCAUCGCAACACCACUAGUACUCGCUACAAUCCUUAUCUACACUAUUGCUACGCUAACUCCGCUCACUUAUGGGGGAGUUUAUUAUCCCGAUAGCGCAUAUGCUGCUGGUUGGAUACUUCUAUCGUUCGGAGUUCUUCAAAUUCCAUUUUGGAUGGCAUACACAUUCCUCAAAAAUCGUCAUUUAGGUCUAUAUGAGAUGUUCGAAGCAUCAUUCUUGCCCACCGCCCUCUGGGGUCCUCGAUCCGCUGCUGAACGUGCAGCAUGGAAACAAUUCAAGGAGACAUUACGAAAAAAGCAAUCGACAAGAACAAGUUCAAAGCUCAAACAAUUCAUUUACGUAAUUUUUUGUCAAGAGGAUAAACUAACGUAAAUAUGUAAUAAUCCCUUCCCUGAUGAUUGUAAAUAUUUUUUUUGUUAAUUCACAGAAUAGUUAAAGCAAACAGCUUUCAGUAUUAUAACUCACAAGACGAGCAAUAAGUGCGAAAGAUAAAUAAAUGAACUGUGAUUAUUUUCCAAUGACAUGAAAUAAUCCAUCCUUCAAGAGACAAUGAAGCAAGACUAUUCCAAUAUUACAUCAAAUGUAGUGAUUAUUUCAUCAGUCAGUCGUCUAUCACUUCAAUUCAAUUAUCACAAUAUUACGAUAUUGUAUUAAAGAUGUUUAAACUAGAUGUGUAAAGAUUACCAAAAUAAUUUCGAAAAUUGAUUACAUUGUUACUAUUUCAUGUUGUUAUUUCGAGGUAAUUCUCACUCUGAUGUCAUUGAUUGAAAUAAAAUGUGACGUUUUCUAUAUUGA